AUCUACCCUACAGCCAUCCUCUUCUCGACUCUUGCUUGGUUCUCUUGGCUCCUCUGCAUAGCACCUCUGGUAUGGCACAUCUCCCAGCGAAACGUUGCAGCCGGCUCACUCGUCCUCUGGAUCAUUCUCACCAACUUCUCUCUCGGCAUCAAUCCGCUCAUCUGGGGCCACGAUAACCUCGAUGAGUGGUGGGAUGGUGUCGUGUGGUGCGACAUCAAUAGUCGCAUCCAAGUUGGAGCGCAAGUCGCCUUAGGGGCGGCAGUGGCUAUGAUUUUUCGGAGACUCGCUCAAGUUAUGGACACGCGCAACAUUACCGUCGCACCUAGCAGGAGCAACAAGAUGAGGGGCCAACUGGUUGAGCUUGCAUGGUGCUGGGUAUAUCCCCUGGUUCUGAUUCUGCUUUACAUUCCCAUCCAAUCUGUUCGUUACAACAUAUGGGGCAUUGAAGGCUGUAACUCUGCAUACCGCUCGAAUUGGCAAAGCCUGGUUCUCAAUGCCAUUUGGGUGCCCAUCACCAUGGCUGUAGUAGUGUACUACGCAGUCCUCCUUCUCGUACGCCUCUACCGCUACCGUCGCGAGUUCUCCCGCCUCGUAACAGCCCGCAACUCCACCAAAUCCCGCUUCUUCCGCCUCUUCCUUAUGUGCAUGGUCUUCCUCCUUGCCGUCGCCCCCUAUUCCGUCUACCCGUUUUAUUACUUCUGCUCCUCGAUGGCCGAGUUCGAAUACGAUUCUGAGUGGGAAGAACUCCAGGGAAACAGGAGGAACAUGAUCCUCAAGUUCCCUUCUGACGGCCAGGUGCACAUCGACAAGUGGGGCCAGAUCUGCCUGGGCUACGUUAUCUUCCUCCUCUUCGGAACCGGCACCGAUGCGCAAAACACAUACAAGAAGAUGCUGCUUGUAUUUGAACUGGGCAAGAUCUUCCCAAGCUUGUACGUCAUGCGCGAGAGCGGCACCAGCACACCCUCCCGCUUCAUCUCCGUUCGUACCUGGACUUCAUCAUGUAUGAGCAAGGCCAAGAGCUACUUCUCCAAAGGUGACUCGCAAAUCAGUUCGUUUGGCGGCAGCACGUUCAACAACAGCGUG